AACAACGACUACGAAAUGUAAGGGGCGCUCUGCAAACAACUGAACAAAAGGCCUAGGGAACUUGUCGGCUUUUUAAUAAAUCCAAAAAUUAGGGUUUUUGACAUAGUGAUCGCGGCUUUAGUAGUAUUUUCUUACUGCAGCUCUCAACGGCUCAACCUUUCAAGCUUUUUCGUCAGAGUCGCAUAGGCUUCAUCAUACAGCAACCAUGGGGAAGACACGCGGAAUGGGAGCUGGUCGCAAGUUGAAGACCCACCGGAGAAACCAAAGGUGGGCUGAUAAGGCAUAUAAAAAGUCCAACCUCGGCAAUGAGUGGAAGAAGCCAUUUGCUGGCUCCUCUCACGCCAAAGGCAUUGUUCUUGAGAAAAUUGGUAUUGAAGCAAAACAACCAAAUUCUGCUAUUAGAAAAUGUGCAAGAGUCCAGCUAAUUAAGAAUGGAAAGAAGAUUGCAGCUUUUGUUCCAAAUGAUGGUUGUUUGAACUACAUUGAAGAAAAUGACGAAGUGCUAAUUGCGGGAUUCGGUCGUAAGGGGCAUGCUGUUGGAGAUAUUCCUGGGGUCAGAUUUAAGGUUGUAAAAGUUUCAGGUGUGUCUCUUCUAGCCCUCUUCAAAGAGAAGAAGGAGAAACCAAGGUCAUGAACAUUCACGUCAAAUUUGAGUAGUUUAUUUCCCCAAAUCCCUAUCAAUUUUUCCCUUUUACAUUUUAUAUGUACUGCCUUAAAGUGAAUAUUUUCGAAUUUGAUCUUUUCGUUUAUGUGAGUGGCUUCUUGAAAGAUGAUUUUUGGUAUUAGAGAAUUUUGUUUAAUGAAGAUUUAUGUUUCUCCUGUUUGAGAUGAAAAA